AUGGCAGACAGCUCGGUCUCGGAAGUAAUCGCGUCGAUCGACGGAAUGUUCUAUCAUACUCUCUCUGCGGUAAUCCUCAUCCUCAUCCUCCCCUCAACAUGGCACACAGCUUUGAUGACGUUUGACUACGUGCUCACCUUCCAUCGUGAGGUCGAACAGAUGUGGACACGUCGUGUCACCGCGGCGACCGUACUGUUCUAUUUCGUCCGGUACCCGGCGAUUAUGAACACUAUCAGCACCAUUGUGGACGUCGCUCCUUGGCCAGGUGUUAAUGAUGAGAUGUGUGGUCUUUGUGUACUUCCUGUGAUGCUAGCUGACAAUCUCUCUCGCAGCUGCACCGUGUCCAUUCGUGGGGACAUGGCUCUCAACGUUAUCCUACUAGUCGCGUCCGCGAUAUUCUCCGGUCUUCGCGCGUACGCCGUGUGCGAUAAGAGCCUCCUGGUCCUGGUUAUUGUCUUAGUAUUGGGGCUGGUCAACCCUGCCAUAUCGCUGGGCCGGUAUUCUCUGUUUGCGGGGAUGGCCGGCGCACGCGCAUCUGCGGUUCUGGCUGACCUCCUGGUGAUCAUCAUAACCUGGAAGCGGACGUGGAACUUCCGAGAAAUUGCGCCGAGCAACUUGAAAAACACUUUGACGGCGGUUAUCCUGCGCGACGGCACGAUAUACUUCGGCCUCACCGCCAUCCUCAUGUCCCGCUUCAUCCUGGACCUGCAUGAGACCGCGAACGCCCGGCUCCGCGGCGCGGACACCACCGAACCGCCGACGCUCGGCACCCUACGCUUCAGCCCGAGCGCACCCGCGUCGGCGGCGAGCGCCUUCGACAUGUACGGCUCGGUCGUCCCCAGCGCGGGAGACGGGUGGGAGGAGAGCGACGAGGGUUGCAGCAGCACGGACGCAGGGUCCGGAUCAGGUGGGGCGGACUGGAUGGCGGAGGGAAUCGCGAUGCGCCCCGCCUCGUGCGGGCAGACGGCCGCUGUGCGAGUGAGCGUCGACGGGACCGGUGGAGUUUCCAACUCCGAUGGCGCCGCGACUGUCUCUGGGCUACAGGCAGGAUCCCCGCUGGGCGACGUUGGCGCUAUCAUCGGCGUCGCCAUCGCCGGAGCCGUCGUAGUGCUCGUUGUCACCGCAGGCGCAUGGUGGUGGAAGCGCAGGACACGCGCGGCACGGAUGAAGGAGAUUUCGCCCUCUGACAUGGAAGGCGCGACACCUCUAGACGCUUCUCCAAGCUCCGAUGCGGAACUCACUGCGCGCGCGCCACCUCACCGGCUCGACGGUCCAUGGAAGCUCAACGGUUGGCGACACCAUACAUGA